AUGAGACUCAUGGGAUAUCCCUACACAGUUACGUACGUCCCAGGAAAACAACUUAUUGCUGCCGAUGCGCUCUCGAGGAACCCAGUGCAGUCAACGGGCCCAUCGAUACUCGACCAAGAAGUCGGAGCAUACGUCCGUAUGGUGGAAAGCUCACUACCUGUCACUUCGAUGAGCAUCAAAGCUAUCAGUACAGCACAGAAGGACGACAAAAUUUGCCAAGCACUUAUCAAGUUCAGCACGACCGGAUGGCCCUCUCACCGCGAUCUUAGCCCAGAAAUGAAAGAUUACUGGGAGUGCAGAAACAGCAUCGCCCUUGCAGAUAACCUCCUCAUGUUCAAGAACCGGAUUGUCGUACCAGCCUCGCAUCGGAAGUAUGUGCUGCAGAAGAUACACAGCGGCCACCAGGGAAUGGUGAAAUGUAAAGCAAGGGCUAAAGACAGCGUUUGGUGGCCAAGUAUAGCGCAGGACAUCGAGAACUUCGUUCGCAGCUGUAUUCCCUGCACUGAACAUGCGGUGAACCGAAAGGAGCCAUUACUCCAAACACCGUUCCCCCGGAGACCUUGGCAAAAGGUGGCUAUGGACCUUUUUUUCAUUAACAGACGAUGGUGGCUCAUCGUAGUAGAUUAUUACUCUCGAUUCCCGGAAAUCGUCCCGCUCCAUAACCUCUCAUCGGCGACGGUGACAGAGCAUUGCAAAUCUAUCUUUGCGCGUCAUGGAAUCCCAGAGGAGGUCAUUUCGGACAACGGACCUCAGUUCUCCGGAGAGCAAGCAUCACAGUUUAAGAAGUUCGCCGAGAUGUACCAGUUUCGCCACGUCACAUCAAGCCCUCGGUACCCCCAAAGUAACGGCCUCGCGGAAGCCGCUGUAAAAAUCAUCAAGAAUUCAAUGAAAAAGACUGGCGAACCCUACGAGUCACUACUCGCCUACCGGUCAUCUCCUCUGCAAAAUGGGUACUGUCCCUCUGAACUACUAAUGGAUCGGAGACUUCGGACAACCAUACCGACUCCUGACAGCAACCUUCUGCCUAAGAUCCCAGACUACAACGAGUUACAACGGAAUGAGCUGAUGCUGAAAACCAGUCAGGCAGCCGCCUAUAACUCUCGCCAUGGGGUUCGACGUUUACCGGAACUCAACAAGGGAGAUAAGGUCUGGGUCAUCGACCUCAAACGUCGGGGAAUCGUGGAACGAAGGGCCGGCACACCACGGUCGUUCUGGGUGAAGACAAACGGAAAGGACGUGCGCCGAACGAGGAGUCACCUGGUGCGCUACCACUCCCCAUGCGACCAAGAUGAAGGGAGACUUCCAGCAUCACGGGACGUGCAGUGUGAAAGUUUUCACGGAGCACCGCCAUUACAGGAGCCUACACCCGGGAUAGAACCAAAGUCUACUCAUGACACAGACGGCUCGUCGGGCACAUGUGAGGGCCAUUCUACCGUCAGGGAAGGGGAAAGUGCUUCUGAGGAAAAGUGCAGGGACUCGCACCAACAUACUCGGAGUGGGCGCUGCAUCAAACCACCUCAAAGACUUAAUUUGUAA